AAGACUCGUUGCUGUGACAGCGGUUGCAGAAAACUUCGAGCAGACCAAAGUACCGGGACCUGCUACUUGUACGACUUUCAGGGACCCGCCGGUCUGACAACAAAGGGAACCUGGGGAGUGCCGGUGCAGUAUUGGUCUUUAGCACUGGGCGACAGCUGUUAGCAGUCUGCCGCGCUCUUCAUACGGAGCUCACCACCAGCUCCAGCCUGCUGUCUGAUAGACCUCGAACCCUGGUGUCACCGAGCACCAUGUCCAAAGUGAACGGAGGGUCCUCGGGUUGUCGUGCCGUCGUGAUGGCAGGGCGGUACCUGUCAAGCCCGUCGGCGGCCCCGGCAGUGACACGGAGCUCCGUCCAGCGUCAGCGGAGGAUUAUCUGUGCACAGCGGCGUAUGAUGAGCUCUGACCCGGCCAGCACGGGAGGAAAAGCCGCGGCUGUGGCCCAGCAGGAGCAACCGGGGUAUCUCUCCGCCGCUGACCGGCACGCGCUCACCAACAGGAACCUGAUCUAUCGGGACGUUAAGGCUUUCCUCAAUGAAGUUGGCGGAGACCCCAGAGAGGCCCGGUACUGGUUGACCCAGUUCCAGAAAGCGAAUAAAGCCAUGUCUCCUGCCUUUGCGGUAUUGGAGGUGGACAGCUCAGUGUUUGACAGCAGAGAAAUGGUUCAGAGGCUGGCUUUCGGGCUCUCCUUCCUCCAGCGGAUGGAUAUGAAGCCUGUGGUGGUGAUGGGUCGGCCUGAUAAUGAAGAGACUGGGCACAUGGAACCAGUGGCAGGCUCCCGGUUCACCCGAGGGUUGGUGGAACGAAGCCAGCAGCUAACUGAAGCGUUGCAGCAGCAUUCAGCUACCGUCCUGCCCCUCUUUUCUGCUGAGUCCUUCCUGCUUCUGCAUGAAGCCCCACGUGGAAGCAGUGCUGCAUCCACUGUCGCUGUAGACACGAGCCUCCUUCAGUGGAGUCUGGACUGCGGGACGAUCCCUCUGGUUUGUCCAGUCGGAAGGGACGGGCGAGGUUGCUCGAUUCUGUUGGACCCAACAGAAGUGACGGCGGCUAUCUCAAGAGCCCUGCAACCCCACAAAGUCAUGUUCCUAAACCACUCCGGAGGUCUCUGCAGCAAAGAAAAAAAGGUGCUUGGAACAGUUUCUCUCCCCUGUGACCUGCCUUCUCUAUCUAUGGCGGCGUGGCUGAGUAGUACAGAGCGCCGCAAGGUGUCCACCAUAGCCAGACUCCUAAAUCAGCUGCCGACUGAGUCCUCUGCUGUGAUCACCUCUGCAGACACACUGCUGAGCGAGCUGUUCAGUCACAGAGGGUCUGGGACGCUCUUUAAAAAUGGAGACCCAAUACACAGGUACACCUCUCUGGAUGGGAUUGAUGUCCAGCGUCUUUUGGCUCUCAUCAACAAAUCAUUUGAUAAAACUCUCAGGCGAGACUACAUCGACUCCCUGAGAGGAAGGCUGCAUUCCAUCUAUCUCUCUGAAGGGUACAGCGCGGCAGCCAUAAUCACCAUGGAGCCGGUGAAUAGUGGCACUCCCUACCUCGACAAAUUUGUGGUGAGCAGCAGUAAGCAGGGUCAAGGUACCAGCCAGAUCCUGUGGGAAUGUAUCAGACAGGACCUGGGCAAACUGUUCUGGAGGUCCAGAGCUACCAACAGAAUCAAUCCCUGGUACUUCAAACACUGUGACGGCAGCUUCGUUAACGGGGUGUGGACUGUCUUCUGGUUCGGUCUGACAGACAUCAGAGAUUCCUAUGAGCUAGUCGAGUACGCCAAGGACCUCCCUGAUUCUUUCCACGCCUAAUCGCUAACGGUCUCCCAGCAGCGCCCUGUUCCUGCUCCCUGACACCUCACAUCUACUGAUUUCAUAGCUCUUGGACUCUUAAUUUGAGCUAUGGAUAUCUCAAAAAUCAAUUGGGUUCUUUUGGUGGUUUGUUUUCAUACCUUGAAACUUGAAAUCUGCAGUGAGCAUUUCAUACAUUAACUAUUUGGAUAAGCUGUAAACCACUCUGUUUGAAGUGUCAGGGUUGAUGUCAGGGACAGUUCCCACGCUGCUGUUUCUUCCACCGUCCAUUGUGUUACUAACCCUUAACACAAUGUACACACUGACUGUUUCUGUAAGUUAUUCAAAACUGGUUCCUUUUACACACUAAAAUGCUCUCCAGAGAGGGUCUGCAGCCUUACAUGAUGUGGUCCACCUCCAGAUCUUUCUGAGAUCACUUAUUUUAGAGACCAAAAUUUCUAAGUGAGUAGUACACUGAGGGGUCCUCCUAAGCCUGUGAAAAUCUAUAUAAUGUUACAGUGACUUACUUUUUUAAACCUUAUUUAUCAAAAAAAUAUUAAAUAUAGUUAAUUACAAUGAACCCUAAUGAUGUUAAACAGUAUCAUAAGGGAUUUCUUGGCUUUGGCCCAGAAUCUUUGGUUUUUAAAAAGAAAAGCUGUUGCAUAACUGAACAGUUGGUAAGCUGUGUGCUUUUACCAGCCAGGCAGGGAACACUAUAUAGAGUUACAUUGUGGGAAAUGUAUGAUCAAAAAUUUUAAGUCAGAACAUUUCAGCUUCUUCCUUCUUUUUGAUCAAACUUUUCUGAAACUGUCCCAUGCAAGAACUCCCCUCUAAAACUAUACUCAUUCUGUCAGAUGAAUUACAUCUAUCAGUAAAAAGUAUCUGGAGUUUUUGCCCCUUUUCUAACAUUGUGGCCAGAAUAAAUAAGAAAGUGGCCAGUAAAGGUUAGAACUGACAAGGUUUUUAAAAGCUGCUCAGAUAAGCCCUACUUGUUCUGGUUCUCAUGUACUUCCUAAAUGCCAAAGAGGUAUGUCUGUAAUAAUAUACUGCCAUUAAAGCACUUCAGACCAGGCACUCCAUAA